UUCUUUAGAAUAUUGCGCUCAUGAUUUUUUUUCCAAUGACAUUAUGGGAAAGACCGUUUUUAUUGAGCUCUUUGAGCGGCAGUGACGUCAACCGUUCGUAGGCGGUUUGUUUGCUCGAGCUGGCUACAUAUAGAUGAACGCCUCUCUCUUUAAAUCAUGAACAGGACCCAACUAAAGCGCUCCAGUAUUUUGAGGAUGGCUGGUGUGGAAAUGGUGGACCGAGACGGACUCGAGGAGACCUUCCUUUUCCGGGCUGCAAGGAUAGCAGCUGUGGUUGCAUUGUACUGGUUCGUCUCCAUAACUAUGGUGUUCCUCAAUAGUUACCUCCUGGACAACCGCGACCUGGACGCGCCGCUAUUCGUGACGUUCUACCAGUGUGUUGUGACUGUGGUGCUCUGCUGGCUCAUGCGGUUGUUGUCCGCUGCUUGCCCGCAAUUGAUUGACUUCCCGUCGGUCAAAUUUGACGUGAAGACGUCCCGCGAAGUUCUGCCCCUGUCGGUGGUCUUCAUCGGCAUGAUAACUUUCAACAACCUGUGCCUAAAACAGGUUGGAGUGGCCUUCUACACUGUGGGACGUUCCCUCAGCACUGUAUUUAAUGUUUUGCUGUCAUAUGGGAUCUUGAAACAAACCACUUCCUUCAAAGCCAUAUUGUGCUGUGGGAUCAUUCUCGGUGGAUUCUGGCUUGGUGUAGACCAAGAAGGUUUGGCAGGCUCCCUCUCCUGGUCGGGUGUCUCCUUCGGCGUGGUAGCCAGUGCCUGUGUCUCUCUCAAUGCCAUAUUCACGAAGAAAGUGAUGGCUGUAGUGGAUGGAAAUAUCUGGAAACUAUCUUACUAUAACAACAUCAAUGCAUGCUUCCUCUUCCUCCCACUCAUUCUUGUGUUUGGAGAGGUGGGCCGGAUCACCAGCUUCAGCGGCCUCACUGAUCUCGGGUUUUGGGGCAUGCUGACACUUGGAGGAGUGUUUGGGUUUGCCAUUGGUUAUGUCACAGGCCUGCAGAUCAAGUAUACCAGUCCGCUGACGCACAAUGUCUCAGGGACUGCAAAAGCCUGUGCUCAGACUGUUAUUGCAGUGGUGUACAACUCUUACAGUAAAAGCCUUCUGUGGUGGACCAGUAACAUGUUGGUUCUUGCCGGGUCUUCAGCCUACACAUGGGUCAAGAGUCAAGAAAUGAAGAAGAUUCCUUCAAGGCAGGCUCAGGAUUCCGCCAAAGAAAAACUGCUUUUUGGGGAGAAGGGAAACACAAGGGUAUAGUACACUCAUGUAUGCGGAAAACAUUUUAAUUAGGUAAACCAUGAAUCUUUGAAUUUCCUUAAACUUUGUGUUUCCUUCAGAUUUAAAAAGAUUAUUAUUUUUUGUAUACAUGAGGACAAAUGACUCUAAAUUUCCUGUAAGUGUGAACUGUGACUGGUUAUUUGUUUAUAUGUGACCUGAACUGGUUGCCAGUUCAGGGUGUACCCUGCCUCUCGCCCAGAGUCAGCUGAGAUUGGCACCAGCACACGUGCAAACCUCGUGAGGAUAAUGCCCGGAUCAGUCUACAAGAGAAAUUUGGUCUUUCAUGAUUGCACUAUGUCAGACUACUGCCAUAAAAUCUUGCUGUGUUUCGGGCAGACAGUGGCAACACUACAUGACAGUUAAUCUGAUAGCACCGUAUCCAGUCUUUUACGAUCACUGGGCUUUGUCUUGUCAAAUCAAACACUGUCGGUGAAGCGGAACCAGAAAAUGUGUCACCGGUCAACGUGACUGGAUCCACCCAUUACCAUGAUGACGAUAACAACAAUGGAUUGCGCCAAUGUAUUGUGUUGGGGGGGAAGAAAUAAAAGAGGAAAAGUGUGGUGGUGUCACUGGUGCUCGGGAGUGGGCUGUCCAUUCUAGAAGAGGUUGAGGUCUGUUUACAUACUUUUAAUACAAUACGGCUCGUAAGCAGCCAACACAAUGUCAUGUAGCCUAGCAAGCUGGUGCUAACACUAAUGUUUGAUUGUAAACAAGCCGGCAUUCAGUCUUAUGACUAAAGCUUCGGUACACAUUGGUUUGUGCGCGUCAAUAAAUGUUGACAACGGCAAGCACGGGAGGCGAAUCGUCAGGUCACAAUACACAAUCCUAUUGGUCGACGUCGAGGUGCGCUGUCGGAGAGUUGUCGAUAUGUCACACUACACGGAAGAUAUCCCCAAAAAAUCAAACAUGCUUGACUUUUAAUUUUGGCAUCGUUGGGCCAAAUCGUUGGUCGUGGAUUAUGUCACACUACAAGAAGUUUUGUCGUGCCUGAUCUGGGAAAUCGCCCGCGAUAGCUAAUAUCGGAGCUAAAAUCCUGUAGUCUGAUUUGGCAUAAGCGGUAUGGAAAAUGGAUGGAUGGAUGAGGAGAAGCCACUUUUGUAGUGGUUUGGGCAUUAAUCAUACUGUGAGUUUAUGUUUCAUAUCAUAUUGUGUAAUAGAGUGAACUCUUUUAUAUCUUUGUAUUUAAUGCAGUGUUACCUUGAAUUACAAGUUCAAUUAAUACUGUGACUGAGCUUGUAGAUGAAUUUGCUUCUGCUUUACAAUUGUCUCACAGCACAAAGCAACCUGACUGAGAGAUGGUUCCUAACUCGGAAAGCCUGUAAAUUUGUGCACUCAUAAGUCAAGGUUCCGAUGUAUUUGUUUUUUUUGGGGGGGGGACUCUACAAUUACCUUUGCAAUGACUGACAAAACUAAUGUGUAUGUCACCACCAGAGGGUAAACGUGGUGCAGUGGAAUCUCGGGUUACACAUUUAAUUUGUUCCGAUACCCCAUUCUAAAACCGAAACAUUUCCCAUUGAAACGAAUGCAAAAUAAAUUAAUCCCUUGCACCCUUACUUUGAUCGUUGUGUAGUUAAAAAUAAAUACUGUGCAAUACAUAAAUACGUGAAAACACAGUGAAUGAUGAUAAAAAACUGCGUUUGCUAGCAAAUCGCUGUGCAGCGGGUAUGGCAAGUUUAUUUACAUUCACUGGUUACUGCAAGCCCUAAAUGGCCACCACCUGGCGGCCAUUUUAGGCACACAAAAAAACAUGCCUGAAGCACGGAGCCAAUGAUGUUCAUGCGACGUGAGAAAAAGCACAAAGUUCUAAGCCUUCUGCUUUAGGAAACCGGAAGACUCUUCGUAGGCUGAAAAUAGUAUGUAACCUGAGGUAAUUUUUCUUUAAAAAAAAAAAAUUUGUAAACGGGGUUGUUCGUAAACCAAUGUUCCACUGUAUUUUGUAAACAUGCAUAUUAUUUCAAAAUAUUUUUUGUUGAGGUUAGGCAGUGAAAUCAUCAGUCAGGAUAUAAAUAUAUAUAUAUAUAUAUAUAUAUAUAUUUAUAUCUAUAUAUUUAUAUAUUUAUAUAUAUAUAUAUAUAUUUAUAUAUAUAUAUAUAUAUAUAUGGGCAUUUAUGAGGUAAAAUCCUGUACAACUGGGAUGUCAAACGUACAGACCGCAAACGAGAACUGACUCAUGGGGACUGUUCUGCCUGUCAGGCAAGUUUUAGUUUAUUUAUACGUGCAGAAUCUUGUUUUGAAACUCACCCUUUUAUUUUGACACAAGCGCCGUAGAACCUGAAGUGUUGGAUCCAUGUAUGAAGUAACCAAUGUUGUGGAACUUCUGCAGAGGCAACGCCUGUAUGUACCAUAUCCCUACAUUUGUUUUGUAAUUCCCCAUGCAAAUUUGCAAUUACAAACGAGUGUGAAGUUACUUAGGCAGAGGUUUAUAACGUUCUUGUCUUCUUUUUAAUCUUUCUUUUCAAUCCAGGAAUUGUUUUUUUUCCCCCAAUUAAGUAUCUCUUACC